UUUUGUUCAAUGAGUUCGUUCUUCGGCGUGUCUCGCAAAUGAACUCCCAUACAACUUUUGAUGACGGCAUUGUUUCACUCAGGAAUAGGGCACCGUCACUGACCCCUCUUAACCACCCAAAAUUCUCUGGAGGCUAUGCUAACUUGGUCAGCAUGGGUCCACCCACCACUGAGCUGCCGCAAACCCAAAUGAUUCAGGACGGCCAGGGUCAAGGACAGGAUGCCAGUGGCGCACCGGAAAACGGUGGAUCGGAACAAAUAUCGCAGAGCGAGAGCGAGAGAGCGGAGAGCUCUACAGCAAACAGCUCUUUUCUACGCAUUCAGUAACAGCCGACAACUGUAUGUUUGCACACGUAUGCUAAUGCAUUGUAAAUUUGACAAAGUAUGCCC